UAUUGCACAGUUUAUUUGCCUAUCGUCAACCGAGUGACUACAAUGGCUUUCCUACAUUUUUUGGUACUCCUUACAGCCACCUUCGUGGCGGUUACAGCCGAUCCCACCGGGCGUGUAGUGGGUGGCUUCAACGCAGCACCCGCACAAUUCCCACAUCAAAUCUCUCUGCGUAGAGAUCAUGUACACGUUUGCGGCGGUUCGAUUAUUAGUUCCAAUUAUAUUUUGACCGCCGCGCAUUGUGUGGUCGAAAUUGGCCUAAAACCCUUUGCUGCCGAACGUUUCACCAUACUCGCUGGUACCCACAAUCGCAUUGCCGGCGGUGUAGUCGUGCCAGUGAAACGUGUCGCAGUCCAUCAGGGUUAUGCCAACAGCGAAAAUGAUUUGGCUUUGUUGGAAUUGGCGAAGCAUUUGACAUUCUCGGCGAAAAUCCAGCCAAUUGAGUUGGCCAGCGCUGAAGUGCCCUCUGGCUCUGAGGUUAUCAUUUCCGGUUGGGGUCUUACCGAGAAUAAGGGUGACACUUUGCCCAUUAUCAUGCAAUGGAAUCGCGUUGAAGCGUUGAGCAAGAGUGAAUGUUUCCGUAAGAUUUUAAUCUCUUCCGAUGCCUUGAUUUGCUUGAAUCAUCCCAAAGGCGCUGGCGCUUGCAAUGGCGACUCCGGCGGUCCAGCAACGUACAAUGGCGAAUUAGUGGGUGUUGCAGGUUUCGUUGUCACCGGUUGUGGUAGCUCACGUCCCGAUGGUUAUGCCAAGGUAUUCUACAAUCUUAAAUGGAUUCAUGAAAAUAUGAUAUAAAUGGAUUGUGUUGUUGUGAUGUAAAGAUGAAAAUUAAAUAGUUUUUGUGCUUAGUCGCUUAA